AGACAAACAUGGCAGCGCACAUAGUACAAUGUUUUUAAGCGUAUCUUCGAAAAAUUUCUACUUACAUAUCCAUACGUUUGCAAGAAGAACAGUUAGCAGGUGACCUCUGAAGGAUAUUCUCAAUCUUAUUUUUUUGUAAAAAUGGCGAACAGUGGGAGCAGAUCACGCAGCAAGAGAGAGAACUCAAAAAUCUUGCAAAGUUUGAUGUUCAAAAACCCUGGCAAGAAGGUAGCAGAGUUUGCCAACUUCAAACCAGAAGAAAGUGAGCGAGAAAAGAGAAAAUUACGUCGAUUACAGGAAGAAGAACACCAACGUCAUUUGCAGAAUCGCACCAUGUAUGAUGCCAAUGGUCAUUUAUCAUCCACUGGUCAAGAUCUGUGCGAUUGUUUGGGGAAAGACUGCCCAGGAUGUCACUAUCCAUGCAAGGACUGUGGGUCAAUCAAAUGCGGACCGGUCUGCAGAUGUAAACGGAAAUGGGUCUUUGACCUAAUCGAAGACGAGGGACAAACCUACUGUGUGAGAUACUGAAUCAUUAGUGAAAAGUGAAAGUGGAUUAAACACCAGUAUGAUAGACAUGCCGAAGGAGUCCUAGUACUGUCAAGACUCAAAAGGAUGCAUGUUUGUACUCGAUGGAAGACAAGAGAAAGAUUGGAAUUCAUUCAUUGGAGCGAAAUGCCUCUUGCUUGGACAUUCAUUGCUGUGGAGGGACUCUGCAUGCAUUUAUGAGAUACUGUGAAGUCUGUGAUUAAAAUAAUACUGAAUGGAAUAUUGAAUCUGUCAAAAGACAACAGCAGAGAACACGAUCAAACUGUCUUAUGUUUAUUCACAGCACCUGCAGGUACAUUGCUUGUGUGGUCAAUGUAGUAGUAAUUGUAGUCAUAUUUCUGAAGGUUGAUUUUUUUCAAACAUUAAUAUCUCUGAAUGUUCGUUGAGCCAUAAGUUGAUUUGCCCAGACGUUUAUACAUGUAAAGAUUUGUACUUCCAAGGAUUUGUUGUAACAAAAGUUUGUAAUACUAAAGUGAAAUAGGGUUCCUUUCCCCAAAAAUGCAAUGGGCCUGUAAUUUCAAAAAAGAAAUAUGGUAGUGUUUUCAAUUAUGAAUCCCAUAUUUCAUUAUGGUCUUUUAGAAUACAAACAUUGAGGAAAAUUGAAAUGUAUUGUUUUGGGUUUUCUUUUUCUUGAGACCUUAUGUGUAUCUACCUAAGUUGUAGCUUAACAAAUAUGUCUUUUAUAUUAUAAUACAAGUUGCUUAUUACUCAUACCACUUUUCUAAACAAAAGCCCUGAAUGCCUCACAGAAAAUCAAAGAAUGGUUUUUGGAGAAAACAGAAAUAAAUGGAAAGAUACGUGUACAUGAUAGAAAAUGUCAAAUUAUCGUUAACAUGGUUUUUUGUUGAAAACCCUAACAUAAUUGUGUUUUUUUAUGAACAUGUUUGAUAUGACCUAGAUUAUUGACAGUGCCAGGUUCUACUUGUACUUGAACAUUUAAAAUGUGUUUUAUUGUAAGCUGCAAAUUUGCCUUUUUGAUGUCAGUUCACAAUAUUCCCAUGAUUGUACAUAUAUUUUAUCUUUGUUUAUUUUGUUAAUAAAACAUGAAUGCUAACAUGAAAAAUGUUUUCAAAAAAGAUGCUACUGUAUCGCCUGUUUAUGAUCAUUGAAAAGUGAUAAUAUCAAAAUGGAUACUUCCAUUUCAGAACUAGUGAAUAAGUAUAUACAUGUAAAUAUGAUUUGGGGGAAUUAAGGCUGUCGCCAUUUCUUUACCUUUAAAAAAAAAAUUAAAUCUUACAAUUAAUUAUUUGUUUGGAAUUAUGGAAAUGACUAAUAUGUAUAUUAAAAUGCUGCUUUAAUGAUCAUUAUUAGCAAUACUGGAAUGCUUGUCAGAAGAGCUAAGGAGAAGCCACAUAUUGACAAAUGUACACAUACACAAGUCAUGACAAAACGGACAAUUGGUCUAUAAUCUGUAUCCAUUUCAAAAGGUACAUAUAUUUAAUAUGUCGUAUAAACUGGUAUAAAAAUGCAGUUUCCAAGAACAAAGUACAGAAUUAGGGGUCAUAUCAUUGGAUCCAUGAUAAUGGCAAAACAGAAAAUACAAUACACUGUAUUAAAGCACCAAAAUUGUGCUGAGCUUCAUAUGAACACAUUUCUUUGUCACAGAUGAAUGCAUAUUGAAUUUCAAUACAGUAGUACCUUGUAAAAUCUCCUUAGGAACCAAGGAAAUUACCUUGUUAUAUAUGGGGACUAUCAUAAUUAUCUUAUUAUAUAUACAUGUAUAAGUGUUUUGUUACACGAAUCACAUUGUUCUUUUUAUUAAAAGGAGGUUCCAUUGUGUUAUCCCACCUCUAGCUGAGCUGUAAUAAACAUGUUUAGCAGAAUUCAA